GUGUCUAUAAACAGAGGCAGGGUGAAGUGUUUUGGCUGGGUGACACCGCUGGCCUGCUGCCUUACAUGGGCAAACCUCUGAACUGACUGAGACGGCUGGAAUUUCAGAGCGUGACGUCACUGCCUACAACUCUCCCAGAAUUUUGGAUCAAGAAGUUUCACUUUUUUUGGUGGGAUUUUCGACCUCCUGUUACAUUUCCUAGAAAGCGAGUCAACAGAUUUCAACACACAGUGAAGGCUGACGCUUCAACAAACCAGGAAACCCACACAUCCAGACAGGAGGAAAGGUGUCAGAUCCUGAAGUCCCCGCCAUCACUUCAAGUUCAUAUUUAACAAUGUGGAACUCACCGAACAGUACCGAGCAGACGGGACAAGUGGCAGCCAGGAUGGAGACUACUCCGUCUUUGGGAAGCGCCAGCAUCUCUGUCUCCCAGCAGCAGGCGCCCAAGAAGUUCGCCCCUGUUGUCGCACCCAAGCCCAAGUUCAACCCUUACAAACAGAUGGGAGAAGACCUCCCCUCAGAGCUUGGAGCAGACUACCCUCCCCCUCCACCGCCGGCAGACGACUCGGCUGCUCUCCCUCCAUCCUCGGGCUCCUACCCUCCUCCUCCACUGAUGAACUCGUACGAUUAUCAGACUAAAGGACCAGAGAAGACUCUGGAGGAGAGGCGCUCCAGUCUGGAUGCAGAGAUCGACUCCCUCACCAGCAUCCUGGCAGACCUGGAGAGCAGCUCGCCCUACAAGCCGAGGAGCACACAAAACUCUGGAUCUUCAGCAGCCUCCACCCCUAACGCUCCAGUGACUGGCUACAAGCGUAUGGUCAUUCCAACCCAGCCACCUCUAACUGCCACCAAGAAGUCUACACCCAAACCUCAGUCUCCCGGGGGAGUUUCGUCCAUCCCCCCUUCGUCUGCCAGCCCCAUUGCCAAGCCUCAGAGCCACACGGGCCCUCAGCCUGUCCCAGCAUCCUAUGCCACAGCCUCAACCCCAAGCCAGCCAACCUUCAAUGUCCAGGUAAGAUCAGCCCAACCUGGCCCCCAGCAAGCCCCAGGCGGGCACCAAUUUGGCCAGCAGCCCAUCCGCAGCCCUGCACAGGUGCAUUACAUGCCGGCCCAGCCCAAGGGUCCUGACUUUGCCUAUGGACCACCACAGCCGGGCUUCUCCCCAAUGGCUCAGGGUGCAUAUCAAGAACAGCACCAUCCAGGAGCACCCCAAGUCGGCGGUUUGAGGAGACCUGAGCCAGCCCCUGUCCAAGCAUACCAACCACCAGGCCCCAAGAAGACCUACAUCACAGAUGUUCCACCAAGCUUGACUCCUUACAUGUCUGGACCAGCCAUACCACCAAAGGGAAGUGCUUCCAUGGCUCACCCUGAAGACGAGCUGGAGCGCCUGACCAAGAAGAUGCUGUUUGACAUGGACAACCCCCCAUCUGAGGAGUAUUUUGGGCGCUGUGCCAGCUGUGGAGAGAACGUAGUGGGUGAAGGCACCGGCUGCACCGCCAUGGACCAGGUCUUUCAUGUCGACUGCUUUGUCUGCAUGACCUGCAGCACCAAGCUGCGUGGCAAGCCUUUCUUCGCCGUGGAGAAGAAGGCGUACUGUGAACCCUGCUAUGUUAACACCCUGGAGACCUGCACCAUCUGCAGUAAGCCCAUCAUGGAGCGCAUCCUGCGGGCCACAGGGAAAGCCUACCACCCUCACUGCUUCACCUGUGUGGUGUGCAGCCGCAGCCUGGACGGCGUCCCGUUCACCGUGGACGCGUCCAACCACAUCCACUGCAUCGAGGACUUCCACAAGAAGUUUGCUCCACGCUGCUGUGUGUGCUCUGAGCCGAUAAUGCCGGCGCCAGGUCAGGAGGAGACGGUCCGUAUUGUGGCCCUGGACCGGGACUUCCACGUGCAGUGUUACCGCUGUGAGGACUGUGGCUCUCUGCUCUCAGAGGGGGAUAACCAGGGCUGCUACCCUCUGGACGGACACGUCCUCUGCAAAAACUGUAACUCCAGCCGCAUCCAGGCCCUCACCGCCAAGGCCACCACUGACCUCUGAACAACCCGCUGCCCGGUCACCUCCACUGUGAUAAACACACGCUCUCUCUCUUUCUUCUAUUGCAAACAUACCCAUACACAGAAGCUUGCAUUCCUCAGCUUAUCUUAUAAUAUACCUUCACUUACAAUAACAGAAGAUCACCUUCACAUGCAAACAUGUACUGUACGUAUUGACUCGGUACAAUCACAGCAGAAGAGGUUGUGCAUAUUUAACUCUGUGGUUAAAACAAUAACGCAACAUUUAAAAAACACGCUGAUACAUUUUUAUGUUGAGAAAGUUAAAUAAUUAAACUCACAGUUAGGGGCCAGUUAGCUUCUCUGCAUGAAAACAGUCUCUGUCCAAAGUUAGAAAACCUGACUGUACCUUUAAAGCGCCCUGAUUACAUGUGGGCUCUCUUUGAAUGGUUGUACACGGGCUAAUGUGAUGCUACUGGCCCAAAAAUGAUCCACAACAGAAGUCAGUGUGAGCCACAACGUGUUGCUUUCAUCUGUUUUUAUAUGUUUUUUAAAUAUGAGACAAAAUGUGUGAAGAAGAACAGAAGCUUUCAGCAGACAUUAAUCCUUACAUUUAUUUAACAGAAACAGAUUAAAAUCAAACUUUAGAUGAGGGCUGUCAGCGUUACGGUGUUAAUCACAAUGAAGGUCUGAAAUAAUCAUUCUUUUUUUCCCCCGCAUUAAUCACGUGCUAUUUGUCCCUUUAGGUGAGCAGUAUCUCCCUGUAGAUACAGUGAUGCCAAAAGAAUGGCAACACUGCGCUUUAAAAUGUCUCAUUUCACUUAAAGUAUUUCCCAGUCAGAAGUGAUAUCCACCUUGUGAUAUCAAACAUUUGACUUUUUAACAUUACCUUUAACUGUUUUUAUUUCCUUUAUCCAUAACCAGUUCCUUUUUCCGUGGUUAAGUUAAUAUUGUAACUUCAAAAGUUCCUUAUUUAAUCAGGUUUGUAUCCAAACAGGAAGUAAAGUAACUUUAGCUUAAGUCACUGACACAUUUCAAAAUAUAAGCAUAAAAAAGAAGGCUUUGCAAACAUUCGAUUACAAAUUCACUAUUGAAAUGUGUUUGUUUUUUUAUGAAUCGUAUGACAGUCUUAGUAGUAUGGAUGUAUCACUGCUGAGAGCUUCUGUAACUAACUGAGUGUUGGAGGAGCGAGUGCACAGCGUUUGCUAUCUUUGGACAGAUUAGCCUCUUUCCAGUCUUGAUGCUAAGCUAAGCGUAAAGGUUGGAUAUGUGUUCCUGAACAAAGAUGAGUGAUGUUGUGUGUGUAAUGGACAUCUGUAUGGACAGAUAAUUAUAAAAACACUAAAGUAAACAACAACACAGCAAGUAGUAACUUAUGUUAGCUAGCUGAAUGAGCCACAUUUUGUCUGCUAAGCUAACACUCUAGCUAAGAAUCAACUCCAGACAGUGAUACUUAUUAUUCUUUUGCUACUAAAGCUAAACAAAAGCAAAUUAAUGUCUAUCAGAAACUAUCAUGAUCAAAUCAUAAUCAAACAUUUCUAUAAUUUGCCCGUCUGUAUUGGAUUUGGAUUGCAUACCCAUCUUUUAGCUCCGUGCUGCAUCAGUGUUUUCAUACACUCCUCAUAACGUCUCAAUGAGUAUGUAAAUACAAAAUGUCUCAAAAUGAUAAGAAACUGCUUAAAUCCAACCUCAGUAAUCGUUCAAAUAGAUCCUCACUCAGUGUUAUCAUAUUCACAAUCAUCUGACACCAGCAUCUUGUAGCCAGGCUGCUCGUGCAUUCGAGCCUAGAUGUUUCCCCCCGACUGCUUCAUCUCAAACAGCCCAUAAAUACAUUUGAAAUGUUUGACGCUUCUGCCCUGCAGGUGAACACAUAAAGAUGUGUGUGUGUGUGUGUGUGUGUGUGUGUGUGAGCAGUAUUUAGAAAAACUAUGAUCAUUGAACAUUCAUUUUACUCCUCAGUGUUUCUCACAAUGAGCUGACGGUACAGAUAUGUGGAUAAAAUGACACAAUCAAGCUCAUUAUCACGACACCAGCUCCGCUAACUGAACACCAAAGAUUUAGAUUUUAACUGCCACAUUUACUGUCUGCAACUAAAGUAAACGGACCACAGGAGCAACACAUGCACAGCUGUUGAAUGCACUUCCUCUCCAACAUAACACUUUCUUUAUACUUUCCAUUCAAAUGUUUUUAUGCACACGAUACUUUUUUUUUCUUUGGUGGCCUGAACGGCACAAUCCUGUCAUUCCAUUCAUAGAUACAGCUUCGUAUUUGAGUUGAAUUUUAAAGUAUUUGAGCAUAUAUAUUUAUAUAUCUCUUCUCCUCGUUUAACAUGACAUAGAUUAAAUUAGUGAUCGUAGUUGAAGCAGUUUGGUAGAGAUUACAGAUUUCAGAUGGCUAUGCAAUUUUUAAUAUUAAUUGCAUCGACACUUUAUAAGAAAUUUUAUGAAUAAGGAAAUAUUUUACCUGUACAGAUUCAACAUAAGUGUCCUUAUAGUAACUUCUUUCAUCAGAACGGUUCUGUUGGUACUCUGUGACUGUGCUGUUUGUCAGUAUUGAUUGUACCACCGACAUUUGUCUUUUAGUUUUAGUGUUUGUUCAAAGUUUGAGUUUUGGAGGAAGAAGGGACCGGAAGAGUUUCCCAAAAAUGAUGACGACGAUGAUGACGAUGAUGAUGAUGAUUUUAUUUGUUCCAUCCAAGAGUUUUUUUUAAAGUAGUUUGACCUUUUUGAUUUGUUUUAUUUUUUCAUUACAAUAACUUGACCAGCCAUUAAGAUUUUUAGGGUUGUGAAUUAAAGGUACCUUGUGGAGUUUUUGAACACCGGAGGCACUGUGGAGCAAUGUUUUUAUUGUAAUCUUGUUUUUAUGAACAGGUCCCAUUUGAAGCUUGUACAGGAGCCUUGACCUUUUAUACAGAGGUCAUGGUAGUCACCAAAUGUUGCUCCAUCGAGUCAUGCAAGACAACAACAAAGAAACACACUACUAUCAGAAAGUGAAGCAAAACUUUGUCAAUGUUCUCCAAACCAACAGCAAAGACACAGAAACAACCAUAAGAAUGAACACAAUUGACAUUAAGACAAGCAAAAAGAUUAAUAUCUAUCAUUAAAUUACAUCAAAUAUAUUUGAAGAGACACAAAACAAACAACAAAGACAAACAAAAUGACACAAGGAGCUAGAACAAGGUGUAAAAAGACUGCAAAGAGAAACAUAUCAACAACAAACACAAGACCCCUCAAAGACUAGUCUUUAAAAAAAACCAAUGUAUUGUGUGCCUCUUUAAGUCUACAGAGAACGUAAACACAACAUGAAUGAGAAAGCUCCACAGUGUACCUUUAAACAGAAGAUAGAUGGUUUCAUAAAUGAGUUCUUGUUCGCUUAUUUUUGGUUUACACUUUGAUGAUUUGGUUUAUUGCCAUCCUCAUGAAUUAAGACAAAGUAUUUCCCAAGCCUCCGUGGCAGAUGUCUUGAGCAUGUUGAUGAUGAUUUUAUGAACAAAGCAAUCAACACUUUUAUAGGAUUGACUUCUCUUCACUGUUUCCUGACACUCUGAGAGGUGAAAGUGUUAAAAUGUCAGGAAGUGAUUUUUAUAAACAAAGCAACAAAACCCUCUUUGUGCUGUGCCUUCUAAUCAGUUUGUCUGCUAACAUCAGAGUAUUCAUGAUGUCGUUUAAUGUUUUGAAACCAUGGCAACACCAUGUAAGAAACUGUGCCAAUAAGCCAAUUAACUAAUUUCAGUGAAAAGUGUUUUGACAUUCAACAGACCUUUGCCAGGACACAAAUUCUACAACUUAAGUGUUUUUACCUUUUUAAAAUUUGAAACAGCGUUUUAUACUCCACAACGAUCUGUAACAGCUCUGCACAGCCGGUCCUCUGGGAGGUUAAAGCAACUCACAUUUAAUUAAAAAUUUUGUAGACACGAAGUUCAUCAUUGAAGGUCAAAAACCAACAAGAGGUAAAAGCUGAUUAAAGUCAAAACUGCCAAGUGCUCUCCUUGAAAGAAAAUGUAAUGUGUUUUAAGUUCCAACUGAAUGUUAGCACUGUGCUUUGUGAUCCCCAUAUUUUAACAUUUCCUCUCCUAACGAGAAGCUGUGAGGGACUGUUUGCAGAUGUUGAUAGGAGUUUAUGGUCUCAGAUGGGCACUGAAUGUGACAACAAACAACAUGAACAUAGUGACGACCCUCAACUACUAGUUAGAUCUUAUCCCAUGGAGAGAAGAAACUACAUUUUCAUCCCCAAGUUCAGAGGGAGUCAUUGAGUGUUCACAUGGACUUGAGUAUCUCGGUUUUGAUCUGGAUUUUUUGCCCCAUCCUGAUUUUAAUUAACCCAAUUUUGCCACCUAAAGAACCUAUAGAAAAUGUGUUACUGUGGCAUGUGUACGCCUUAUCCUAGUUUCUAACAGAUGCCGACUACCUGCACAGGCUGACGAAGCAGCUGUUCUUACUUAAAGGUCAUAUAAUAUCCUAUUUUUAACAAGUUUAAAUAAGUCUCAGAGCUCCCCAAAACAUGUCUCUCCAUUCCUGUAUUUGAUCAUGCCUAUAAACCCCUUUAUUUCAGCCCUGCUCAGAACAGGCUGUUUCUGUUUCUGUACCUUUAAAUGUAAAUGAGCUGUGUCUGACCACGCCCCCUCUAGAAAGGCUUGGGUGGCUCAGGCUUUCUUGCACCUUGCCCGAUGGUUUACGGUGAGAAGGCAGACUCAGAGGUCAGAACAAACACCUAGCUGUGGGAGUGUCACCCACCGGGGGUAGGGGUUACUGACCUUUGUGAUGUCACAAAGGGGAUAUCUCCAAACUGCCUGUUUGAGCACACAUUUUCUGAAAAUUGGAGCAGGGAAAAGACAGACUUUUCUCAUAAGUCGGGGGUUUGUAGACAUGCACAUAUUUGUGUUUAAAAAACAUGGUAAAGUGUAUUCUGCAUAAUACAGUGAACAUUAAAGACCAACAAAGAAACUGACUUCUGUCUUUCUGUAAAGUUGGUAUUUAAUAGUACCAAGCCCACAAUGAGUAUAACCAUGUUCCUCUCUGUCCGAGUAAACACCAUAUCCCGAAUAUGAUCCAAACCGGGACAAGGCUCUUAACCGGGAUACUCAUGUCCAUGUAAAUGCACUCAUUUAAAUCUUUUCCAGGACAUGACAAACAUCUUAAAUACCAGUUUUAAAAAAGUGUCACAGAGCUAAUAUCAGAAUGUAACAUCUUCUGAGUCCUUGUUAAUUUAUUGCAAACUAUCAUUACUAUCAUUUUUAACAAAGGUCAAGCUGCAGGAGUCAAAAACAGUUCAAUCCGUGCAUCUCUAGAGUCACAGAUUACAUGUGUUGGUCUUGUUGUUAUCACUAUACUUAAAUGUAUAUAUUUGGAUCCAUCAAUUCGACUUAGAUUCAGUGAGUGGUGUGAUAACUGCUCUUUGUGAAGCAACCCACCUUAUAGAUCAGUAUGUCACAUGUGUUGCUAGGUUUCAGCUCACAGGGAUGUUGUUGAUCAGGCGUUAGCAUUAGCGUCUCAUGGCUGCCUGUUAAAGGUCCAUGCAGGGCUUUCUGACAUGCUUUCCCAAUCAGAAAGCAGAAUCUAACUUCUACCAAAGAAAACACACAAAAAAGAUUUCUGCAGUUAAACGGUCAGAGACCUACAUUUUGAAAGUCGUUUUGGAAUAAAAACAGUGCAGUUAUGCUCAUUUAAAAUGAUAACUCCUGAACUUUUCAUCACAGAUUUUCUCUAAACACAACAUUACCGUACUAGCUUAGGAAGUUGAUGUGAGGACCUUUGUGUUUUGUUGUUUUCCUUCAGUAGUCCACAAGUUUUCUGAAGCCAAAACGGUAUCCAUUAUUCAGAUCCGCCUCUGGUUCUCGCUCUACAGGAAAACAUUUCAUUGCAAUACUGCAGCAAUAUGUAGCAGGAACAUUUGCUGUGCUCUGAGGCGUGAACUCUCUGCAGCUGAAUCAUUCCUGUGCUGUGUUCAAGUGAAUCAGUGACAGUGUGAGGAAGAAGUGUACAGUAACUGUGAGCCACAAAUAUCAACAUGUUCAUGAAAUGAGUUGGCAUCAGACAAAUCAGACGCUCUGUGGGGUGAUGUGUAAAAAGAACAGUAAACAAUCAAACAUUCAUUUUAUCUGACAUAUAAAACAGUCAACACAAAGAAAUGAUAAGUGUUCAGUAUAUUUUCAAACCAUGUGCAUGCCUGUGAAUAUAAGUCAAUGUUUUAACCCAAUAAAAGACGUUUUGACUGAUUAUUAAAAAGACCAGUGCUGCAUUAUUACUUUUUACAUGUUACCUUUGCACAAGAUUGGAGGUCAUUUAAAGCUACAAACCUUUUGACCAUCCAUGGCGAUUAUAUUUUGCAACUAAAAACCAGAUAUUUCCAUCAUGAUUGUGCAAACUAAACCCCACCAUAUACUAUAUAAGCCUCAUGUUUGUGGUGGAAUGUCAGCUCACACUGUACGACUGAAUCGUUUACAACGCACGACCAAAGCUCGAGAUUUGUGUGCUCACUGUAAGAGUUAAAUCAGGACGGAGCAUUCACGAUUGGCAAUAGAUCUGUGUAUUUUAUUGGUCUCAUAUGCAACACUCAAACACACACACAGGUGUACUCUAUGGCUAAUGACGCGCAAUGGGCUGAAAUUAUUCCCGAUUUAAAAAUCAGGUCAAAUGGGUCUGAAGUCGUACAGUAUACAUCUGCUUUAAGAUAGAGCUAAAAGGAGAGGGAAUUUUGCAACAACUCAAAAAGAAAGCUAAUGUUUGCUGACAGCUCUACGUCUAAAUAAGCUAAUGGUUGCUAACAUGCUUCCAAUAAAAUCACAAUAAGUGAGAAUUCAACCUACCCGAUUAGUGUCGGUAAAUAAACCCAAACCAACUGGGAGCAUUCAGCAGCUUUGAGCACGUUUCAGAAUGUAUUUAUUUCUUCUAUUAGAGCCAGCAUCUCAUUUUCACUCUUUACAUUUCAACAGUUUAUAUGAAGAGUGUUACAAGGUCCUAGCUUUUCAGAUUUCUAAGAAAUGUCCAUAAAGUGUUCAAACGUAUAUUGUUUAAUAAUUGGCUUAUUAGCACGUUUUUACAAAGUGUACCAUGGGAGUGCGAGUUAAACCUCUCUGACUGUAGGUUGUUAAUGUGCCAUAAAAUCUGUAUUAAACUCCCCUGUUUACAUUUUCUUUAUAGACAAUCUGUGUUGACGUCUUCCGUCUUUGUUGAAGCUUAAAUCUUCAAACACACAUUGAAGCUUCAAAUAUAAAGAAAAGACAGUUCAAUGAUAUCUAUUUGCUCAGAGUAUUUGUGUUGUCUACUGUCUUUGUUCUGCCAAUGUUUGUCAAAGUGCCUUUGUCGGAGCAGUAUUGAAUCACUUUACUGUUGUUGUGUGGUUUGCCCUGCUCACAUGUUUACUCAUCUUUACCAAAGUACAUAAAGUAGAUCCCUUAGUCUGGGGUCCAUAUAUCCUCCAUACAGUGGAUGUUUCCAUCAGGCUGCAGCAGCAGCAGCAGCAGCAGCAUCUCAAACAGUGUGAGACUCGCCUGAGCUUAACCCUGUGAUGUUCAGGCAGAGCGUCUCAUCUGCUCUCAGUUUUUGGAAGGGUCAUGUAGUCAACUGUUGUUUUUUUCUCUUCAAUAAAAGCUUUGCAGUAGCA